AUGUCCAACCCGCAGGCUCAAGUGGUAGCUCAACUUGCAUCCAAAGGGCUUCGCCCUAAUUCGCAGUGGUUAUCAUCAAUUCUAGGCUCUCAGAAAAGUAACCCUCCGAUUCAGUCGCUUGUUCAGACAAUACAAUUCCGUCUCCUCACGUCAGAUAUCACGAGCACACUUGCCCGUGAUGCAUGUUUCCCUACUGACGUUGCAAGCCCUCAUGUUAAGGAGCGUAAGCUAGCAGGAUCGGUUCUAGUGCAGCUUUUGGAUAUAGAAGACAUAAGCAAAAGUCGAUGGGAGCAGGUUGAGGCAAUUGAAGCUAUCGAACGUGGGGAAGGCAAGAAAGGGAGGGAGAUUAUCCGCGUUGCUACGACAGACGAGAAUGAUGGUCAAGGUGAAGGAGCUGAAGUGCAGAAGGGAGGCAUUCACAAAUUACUUCUGCAAGAUGCAUCAGGCAACCGAGCUUACGCCAUAGAACUGAAUCCCGUGGAAGGUAUAGGAUUGGGCAUGAGUAUCGGGUGUAAGUUUUUGUUGCGGGAUGCUAUCGCUGCUAGGGGCAUGGUAUUGCUUGAACCAAGAGUGGUGACUAUUCUUGGGGGCAAGAUUGAUGCUUUACAUAAAGCCUGGGAAACGGAGAGAAAGGCUAAGCUAAAACAAGGCAUUGAAGAACAGGGACUUUAA